AUGGCAGCGACAGCCUUGAAGGGUGGGAACAAGAGGNAUCACCCUCUGCUCCUGGCUGCAGAUUCCGUGCAGUGCUACCAAUAUCUCCUUCUUGGCUUAGUUCCGCUGGGAAGCCCAGGACCGAUCACCCGCCAUGAAUCCUAUGACAGCUUAACUUCUGAUCACAGUGGACAAGAAGAUGAAGAGUGGCUUUCUCAGGUGGAAAUUGUGACCCACACCGGACCUCACCGCCGCCUCUGGAUGGGCCCGCAGUUCCAGUUCAAGACUAUUCAUCCUUCCGGCCAAACCAUCGUGAUUUCCUCCAGUUCUUCCGUGCUUCAGUCCCACGGGCCCAGCGACACCCCACAGCCUCUCCUGGAUUUUGACACCGAUGAUUUGGAUUUGGACAGUCUCAG